AUGUCUAUCCUCAUCAUCAACGGACCUAAUCUCAACCUUCUCGGUACCCGGGAGCCUGCAAUCUAUGGCCACGAAACUCUCUCAGACGUCGAGAACACAGCAAAAUCCCUGGCCUCAUCACACGGCCUCUCACUAGAAACUUUCCAAUCCAACCACGAAGGCGCCAUCAUCGACCGCAUCCACGAAGCAGCUGGAUUUGGACCCCAAGGUGAUGGCCAAAGACACAUAGAUUGGAUCAUCAUUAACCCUGGCGCUCUGACACAUACUUCUGUGGGUUUGAGAGAUGCAUUGAACGGAGUCAGUAUUCCAUUUGUGGAGUGUCAUAUUAGUAAUGUGCAUACGAGGGAGGAGUUUAGACAUAAGAGUUUCUUGAGUGACAAGGCUGUUGCUGUUAUUGCUGGGUUGGGGACGUUUGGCUAUGAGGCUGCGGUGAACUUUGUGGCGAGGAAGAUCAAAGCUGGGAAGUAG